AUGGCAUCUCCCUUUAAGACUCGCGAAAGCGAGAUGGAGGCCGAGUCUCGCAAAGCUGCCAACUUUCCAGAAGUCGAGAAGAGUCUCUUCGAAAAGUAUUCGGACGGCGACAUGAGCUUGGUUGACAAAUUUACCAGCUUUCUAGGCACCAACAAUCCUUUCGGCAAGAAGGCUACGCCCGAGGAGAACGAAGUCUGGCUUCUCGACAACACAGCCUACCGUCCAACGAAAUCUGGCAAGCUCGAGCCAUGGCAAGCCGAGUUUGUGUGUGCCUACUUCAUCAAAGGUCGAAAAGACCUCAAUAAGGAUGUCAGCAAACUCCUUGAUACCCUCGGCCUCGAUGGAGAACUCGGCAAAGACCCAGCAGUUACCAAGACUAUCGAGGAGCGCCUGAAGCCAUUUGUCCACGCUAUCAGUCCGGCUCACUCCAUUGAGCUCAACAUCGACCGCAAGCUUGGUCCCAGCGAUCCCAACGGAAUCAGCAGCCAGGUGUUACUCACUGGCGGUGGUGAUGACGCCAACGGCAAGACCGUUCAAUGUACAUCCAUAGAGGGCUACCCUCCGACUACCAAUACCAUGACCUUCGUGGCUCCCGAAGGAUGGCUCAUUUGUUCGGAUAUCGAUGAUACAAUAAAGAGGACGAUGACCCCCGAUCCAUUGGGCGUCUUGAAGUCAACUUUUGUUGAUGAGCCCGAAGUCAUCAAAGGCAUGCCCGAGCUCUAUCGAACCAUCGACGAACACUUCAGCCCGGCUUGGUUCUACCUCUCUGCAUCGCCUUACAAUCUCUAUCCGUUCCUUCGCAAGUUCAUCAACGCCAAUUUCAAGCAAGGCACGAUCAUAUUGCGCGACAAGUCCUGGAUGUUCUUUGCUGGACUGUUGCAAUCCCUCACAGAAGGAGUCCAAGAAUACAAGACCGACCGUUUGCGGAAGAUUCAUUCUUGGCUUCCUCAACGGAAGGUGAUCUGCAUUGGUGACUCUACGCAAUCCGAUCCCGAGUCCUACGCCGCCUUGUAUCGAGAAUUUCCUGGCUGGAUCAAGGCUAUCUACAUCCGCAAGGUCACUGACGCACCUUUCAUGGACCAGAAGAAUCGGGACGAGCGGUUCCAGAAGGCCUUCAAGGACAUCCCGUCUUCUGACUGGACGGUGUUCGAGAAGCCAUCCGAGCUCAACAACCACUUGAAACAUCUGACCGGUGAGGUACACUAG